UCUUAACUCUAUAAAUGGAAACUCUCGCACUGUGGAACUUCUUUCCCUGUGUAGUGAUCAUAUUAAUUCAACCAUCAUGUUUAGGCCUACUCACAUGUCCCCGUUCCUACUCCUACUAUUCCUCUCCCUCGCCACAGCGUUGACAUGUUCCGCAUCACCACAGAUCCACAUAGGCUUCUCCGCGUCACCACAAUCCCAAACGGCGCUGUUCGAGUCCCUUUUCACCGACCCUACUGGCAAUUUCUCUUUAUGCUUCCUCCGCCGGAACCAAAACCACCUCGCACUCGCCGUCAUCCAUGUGGCAUCCUCGCAGCCACUCUGGCUCGCCAACCCAACUCACUUGGCCUCAUGGUCCCACACCACGCGCCUCUCCUUCAACGGCACUCUUCUCCUCUCCGACCCCAAAACAAACCUCCUCUGGUCAACCGAAACAAACGGCGGCGACACCCUUCUCUUACUUAACACCUCCAACCUUCAGAUCCUAAACAAAGCCAAAGCCACUCCCAUAUGGCAAAGCUUCGAUUUCCCCACAAAUACUCUCGUUCAGGACCAGAACUUCACAACCGCCAUGUCAUUAUCGUCGCAAAAUGGUUUGUACUCGCUGCGGUUAGGCAACGACUUCAUGGGGCUCUACGCUAACUACCCCGAAAAUGACGCAAGUUCGUUGAGGCAGUUACUCUACUGGAAGCGCACCGCACUGGAGGCCAAAGCAGUUAUAAAACAAGGACAGGGACCAAUUUACGCACGUGUCAAUAAAGAGGGGUAUCUGGGCAUGUACCAAACCAGCGCCAAGCCCAUUGACGUUCAGAAGUUCGACAGCUUCCAACAAAAUCCAACGGCAUCGUCGUUUCUGUUCGUGCGGUUAGAACCCGAUGGGAACCUCAAAGGGUAUUAUUGGAAUUCCAACAAGUCCAGUUGGGUGCUCAACUACCAGGCCAUAACGGAAACCUGCGAGCUUCCACUCCCCUGCGGUUCGUACGGUUUGUGUACUCCGGGCGGGUCUGGGUGCUCGUGUUUGGAUAACCGAACCCGGUUCGAACCGGGUGUUGGAUGCUUCGGUGGUAGCAACGGAAACUUGUGCUCGGAAAAGAUUGGUGGAGACAGCUACUCAGUGAUUCGAAGGACGGGGGUGGAGCCACCGCAUAAGGAGCUGGAUGGUCACGUGACGACGCCGUCUUCGGCGGAGUGUGAAGGGUUGUGCGAGAGAAACUGUAGCUGUUGGGGUGCGAUGUACAACAACGUAAGCGGGUUUUGUUACAUAAUGGACUACCCGAUUGGGACGAUGACGGGUUCCGGGGAAGACUACAAGGUUGGGUAUUUUAAGGUGAGGAAAAGUGAGAGUGGGAAGAAUCGGGUUGGGGUUCGGGUUGGGGUGGUGGUUGGGGUGGUGGUUGGGGUUAUGGUUGGGAUUGUCUUUAUUGGGGCUGGGGUGUGGAUGAUGAGAAUGCGGUGGAGAAGGAAAGGGGUCAAUGGGAUGUUGGGCGAAGAAAACGGGUCUUCACCCGGCCCGUAUAGGAAUCUUGGAUCCGACAGUUUUAAAUCCAUUGAGAUGAGCGGUCAAAGAUGAUGAUGAUGAUGACGAAUGGGAUGACGAUUCUUGAUUCAUGUUAUUGGCUUUAUGAAUAAAGUAGUAUCCAAUGAAAAUGAUGAGGAGGUUGGACGGUGGUGGGGGAAAGGGGUCCAUCCUAACGAUCAUAAUAUAAUAGGGGUAUAAAUCAUAAUGCAAUAUUGCAAUUAAUGGGAUGGGGAGUUUUCAUGGAGAGCACACAUGAAUAAUUAACUGUGUGAAAGUGUGAAUGUGAUAUGUGACCACCUCCUUUUUUAACAUUGACCAAAUUGGAGCAGUGGUGGUCGGUGGAUUUUCGGUGAAAAAUUAAGGCUAACUUGAUUAUUCAUUUUGGAGUAGCAACGACGAGGAGUAAAAAAAGCAUGGAAAUAUCAAUCCACGUCAGGGAGUAGCUCAACUGGAAUUUGUUUAAUUGAGUCAUCCCAUAAAUACAAAUAUGAAUUCUUUUCAAUGCAGCCACUUCGCUCCAAUCUCCAUCACGUUGAACAUGCCUUGCACAGUUGCACUGUUGCCCACAGCAAAAAAUAGCCUGUUUGUUUUAUUUUUUAACCGGUGUCCGUCCCAGGUUAUGCAUCUUGUAUUAUCACUUUCAUUCCUUGCAUUGAUAGCACUUAAUGCCAAUAAAUUCUUUUUAAGUA